UAUUCUUUGCGCCCGCGAUGCAAGUGUUGUUGGUAACUUCGGUUGAGUAAAUUGUCUUGUUUUAGUCGUUUUUUCUCAAGAAUAUCGAUCAUUUAUGGAUGACUUUCCUCCUAAGAGGGUCAGCCACUGGUGAUCAGCAACUUGUUGACUGGAUACAUAAACUAAACUCUAUUAAACGCCGUGAGCAUUUAAAUAAACCUAACUCACUAACUCCUCCAGAAUAUAAACUGCAAGAAACCAUCAAUUUUGAAAUGUCAAAGCCUGACCUAUCAUCUGAUUUUGGGGAUGAUCUAGUGGAGUCAGAUGAGCAGCUAACAUCUGAAGGGGAAAUACGACAAGGCAGAAGAGCUGGUCAGCAAGCAGCAUCUACACAGGAAAGUGAGGAUGACAURCUGGACAAUAUGAUGGAGGGAAUUGACAAUGGCUCUGUUCCUCUUGAUGAUAUGCCACCAAGGCCAUCCAGAAGACAAGGAGGAUGGGCAAGUGAGACAGCUGCAAAAGAAAAGAAAAAGACUACUGGUCCAGGGGAUGUGCAAGAUUUUGAUGAUGACGAAAGGCUGCGCAUGGACAGCACAGCCCCAAAAGACGAAGAUAAUGAUAUCCUUGUGAUUCCUGAUUUGGAGGAAGUCCAGGAAGAAGACAUGGCAACUCAAAUUGCAGCUCCUCCCAGUGUCCAGGUUAACCGAGUGGCUACUUACAAAGAACUGGAUAAUUAUUUACAAAAACAUGCAUCGCUUUUCACUUUGGAUGGAGAAAUAGAUUUAAAACUACUCAGCAAUGUUCUUUCACCUGAAAAUGAAGUCUUUGAGGAGGACAAGUCAUGGAACUGGAAUAGGUUGUUUACUGAAGUUUCUUCGGAACUUCAGAGCGAAUGGGAUAAGAAUAACAAGAAUACAGAAGAUAAAGACACCUCAUAAUUUAUUUAUUUAUUCCACAAAAACAACUAGUUUUUCCUUUUUUUGGUUAUAUUUACAAUAUUGUACAGUUCAAAAUGUGAAAGUCAAAUGUUCCGACAUCAAUAAUAGAUUUGUGUUCAAAAUAUGUUUUUAUUCACAAAACAGACUGACCUAUACAUCCUAAAUACAUUUUAUGACACUGUUUUGGUUUUAUUCUAAGUAAAAGUGAAAAAAGUACAGUAUGUGGCUUUCAUUGCAAGAAUAAUAAAUUAUUGAUUUAAUGUGACAAAAUGUUCAUAACAUUGUCUUGUUUAUARCUAAGAUUAUCAUUUUAUAUAGAAUUAUUGUAUUCAUUAUUUGCUGUUAUUUAAUUGUUAAUGUGCUGUAAUUUAAUGUUGUUGUAUACUUGUAAAAACAAAAACUAAUAUCUAAAGUUGGAUAUCAGUAUCCAUAUAAAAACUCCACGAAAAAUAUAGGUAAAAGUCUGAUAAUAAUUGCUGUAAAAAUUUAAACAAUAAGUCAUUCAGAAAGUAAUAAAAUUGUUCAAAUUU